AUGACCACCGGUAGCGAGCCAGAUUGCGAGCUGGAAAUGGUUAAUGGGAUCAAUGGAAUCUAUUAUACUCGCGGCUUGCGCAUAGUGACUCCAUACUAUCAUUCUCGUACCUCUUUCGCCAAAGGACGCUGGCUUGGACGUACACUAGCCGAUGUGCUAACCGAUGAGUUCAAGUCUUUCUCGAGUGAACAAUGCAAGGACCGGGCCCACAAGGACUUCCAAAUUAUCCGUGAUGAUAUAGAAUUGAGCUCCGCAGAAACUUCAACGGCUGAAAUCCAAAAUAAAGACAUCAUCAAAACCACUUUUCAUAAGCACGAGCCUCCAGUGCGUCAAUGGUCCUCAGACGAAAGUGACACCAAAAAUGGCGACCGGAUUGCAGGAUUCGAAAUUGUUCACGAAUGCAGUGAUCUCUUGGUUCUCAACAAGCCGUGUGGCAUUCCUAUCCAUCCGACUGGUCAGUAUUACAAAAACUCAAUGGUGGAAGCGUUGAAAGCGCAAGGCAUGAACGUAUUUCCUACCCACAGGUUGGACAAGGUGACCUCAGGAAUACUCGUAAUGGGGAAAAAUCCCGUCACGGCAAAUAAAGUCCAACACCAAAUUCGGCAGCGAACUAUGCGAAAAACGUACCUAGCAAGAGUGGAAGGCUGUUUUCCCAAAACGCUCGACCGAAUUUCUCCUGGAGAUGCGGAUUUUCCAACGGCCACUGAGGCGUGUGCAGAUGCAAGUAGGGCCACGAAAGAGGAAUCUGAAAUGUACACUAUAGAGCUCAAGAAACAGUUCCCAGCCGCUUUCUCUGCCGCUCGUGAUGCUACCACUUGGUUUUAUCCCGUGAAGUAUUUUCCAGAAUCUAACCACACAUUAGUCGCAUGCCAACCUGUUACUGGUCGUACCCACCAAAUAAGAAUUCAUCUCGCAAGACUUGGACAUCCCAUAGUCAAUGACCCAUUUUACAAUAAAAUUUACACAAAAUUCCCGAAACGUCUGCAGUUUAUCCUCAACCUGCCGAACUGGGAUAACACCGAUUUGUCUAGAAAGAGCUUGGAAUCAUACUUUCAGGACUUUGUGGAAGAAGCAGAUUUCGCUCAGGGUAUGGAGGCGGCCAACAAUCGUAGAACUUGCGACGACUGUGGUGUAGUGCUCUACCCAGACCCAAAACUUCAAGACCUUGAGCUCUUCUUACAUGCUUGGAACUACUCUGACAGCUCCGGUGAGCUCAGCUACGAAACCAGCAUACCCAAGUGGGCCCUCGGGUCUUAA